CCUUAUUGCUUGAUGAAGCUACUGUUUUGGUUUUUGUUUCUUGGUUGUCUGAUGUGUUACAUGUUUCAGACAGGUUUUUUUUUCCCCCUUCCCAGAGGUAGAAUUUCUGCUGUUCAUAGACUGAGCAAGUCUCCUGUGGAACUACCGCCCAUUCAAAACCAGUGGCACGCAUUUUACUUUUUAAUGCCACCAAACCAUAUGCACGCGUGCAAAGCGUAUAGUCAUAUUCUCAAGAAUCUUAGUUCUCGAGUUGCUCUUUGAAGGCUUUCUGUGCAUGAAAAAAUGAGCUGCCAGGUACUUUUACACUUAAUCCAAUAAUGAGCGCAAACAUAAUAAAAGCUUUAUUGUGAUGUUUAAUUAUACGGUUUAUAACUUUGUGAUUCCUAUUCUUGUACCCUUGCAGUAUUGCAGUGGGAGUGAGCAUACCUUGCAUUCGAGGACGCUUGUCUGAGCGCUCUGCUUGGAAUCGCAGUGCUGGGAAAUGACUGAGGCAUGUAGAUACUUGAGGAUUUUGAUGUAGAAGGUGGUGUGUAAAUGUAUGGAUAGAUGAGACCAAACGAAUGAAGAGUAAGACUGGUGAUUCAGAUGCUUUACCUUCCACUGGCUCCUGCGGUACUGAAAGUGUCCCCUUUUUAUUUGCAACCAAAUAAUGCAGCAAAGAGCGGAAAGGAUGCUGAGCCCAGUUAAAGCUGAUUUAGCUACUAGUCUCUUACAGACUUCUGUUGCUUGUUUGAGGGUGUACAAGUGAGGGAGGCCAUCUGCUUGACGUUUGAAAUAACUGUCAUCAUCCUACAGCUAUCAGAAGACUUGUGACUUGGAAAAACCCUCUUCCCCUCCCUCCCCUUUUGCCCCAGAGUUAACGCUUUAUCUGCAAACUUUCUCUCUCAGGUGGGAAGAGGAACUGACUAGAAGAAUGAGCUUGGAGUCUUUGGUAGAAACCCUGCGGGAGGAGGCGCAGGAAGCGGAAGCUCUCCAGGAGGAGUUAAAUGAAAAGAUUGAGAGGCUGAAAGCAGAACUUGUUGUCUUUAAGGGUCUGAUGAGUGAUCCCAUGACAGACCUGGACACAAAGAUUCAAGAAAAGGCCAUGAAGGUGGACAUGGACAUCUGUCGGCGAAUCGAUAUCACAGCCAAGCUGUGUGAUGUAGCGCAGCAGCGCAACUCUGAAGACGUUUCCAAGAUAUUCCAGGUGGCUUCCAAGAAGAAAGAACGCAAGCUAGCAUCGGACGAUGACCUCUCUGAACAGGAUGGAGAGAAUGGCAGGUUCUCUGACGAUGAGGUCAGCUGUUCUUUGAACAUCACGGAUGAAAUGAAGCGUAUGUUUAAUCAGCUGCGUGAGACGUUUGAUUUUGACGAUGACUGUGACAGUUUAACAUGGGAGGAGAAUGAGGAAACAUUGCUUCUCUGGGAAGACUUCACAAACUGCAACCCCUCGAUCGACCUCCAAGGAGAGGAGGAAAACCUGGGAAACUUGAUCCAUGAAACAGAGUCUUUCUUUAAAACAAGAGACAAGGAAUACCAAGAAACAAUAGGACAAAUAGAGCUGGAAUUGGCUACGGCAAAGAGUGACAUGAAUCGCCACCUUCAUGAAUAUAUGGAAAUGUGUAGUAUGAAAAGAGGCCUGGAUGUACAAAUGGAAACUUGUCGUAGACUUAUUAAAGGCUCUGCUGACAGGAAUUCUCCAUCUCCCAGCUCUGUAGCCAGCAGCGACUCAGGAAACACAGAUGAAAUUCAGGACGAGUUGGACAGAGAGGCGGAUGUGGAACCCAUGGUCAGCUGAUACGUAAUGGGAGCAUUCCAGUUAAAGGGAAAAUUUGAGAAAAGAUUAAAAACAAUACAUGGAUGGAGGAAAAAAAAGACUGCUAAGCCC